AGGAGGAGGAGGCCAAGCGCUGAAUGCUGACGGUGACGGACGGGCUCCGCAAAGCGAGAAGUAGGAGCUGCGUGAGAGAUGGUUAAAGCCUCGAACCUCUAACGCAGCCGGCACAAGAUCCCCGCGGCUGGACUACCCCCUUGGGACCCCGAUCCGAGGGCGUCAUUCUAGUCCUUCUGCUCAGGAAUGAAUCUGAGGACAAGCAGCAUCUUGGUGAUCCUCCCGCAUGACUUGGUUUGAGGACCUGUGGGAUGUACUGAUAAGAAAGACCGGAGGCGAGCUUCAAAGGUAUUUUGCCCCGGGAUUUUGCUCCUGGAGUUACAGACCCCAAAGAAGCUGAGAGUCUUACUGCGGCACAUCUAAAAGUCCAGGGAGAGGAAGCAUGAGGAAGAUUGGUCAAUGUUGUAACUCUAAAAAUACAUCCCAUGGAGCCGUGACAUUCAGGGAUGUGGCCAUCGACUUCUCCCAGGAGGAAUGGGUGUGCCUGGACUCUGCUCAGAGAGCCUUAUACAGGGAUGUGAUGCUGGAGAACUAUAACAACUUGGUCUCACUGGAUUUGGAGUCAAAUUAUGGAACUGAGAAGUUACUGGCAGAAAAUGAUAUUUACGAAACAAACUUUUCUGAACAGGAUAUGCUGCAAAUAAGUAAAACUCUUGGGUUCAAGGCCUCCAGUUUUAGAAAUGACUCAAAGUGUAGAAAUAGAUUUGAGGGACUACAGGGACACCAAGAAGUAUAUAUCAGUCAAAAGAUAAUCAGCUAUGGAAAAAUACUUACUAAUCAUACUUCUCUUAUUCAAAAUACAGGCAAACCAUAUGAAUGUAAGGAGUUUGAAAAGUACUUUAGUAGUUGCUCAAAUCUUACUCAGCAUCAGAGUAUUCAUACUGGAGAGAAACCUUGUGAAUGCAAGGAAUGUGGGAAGGCAUUUAGACUUCUACAACUUACUAGACAUCAGAAAUUUCAUUCUAGUAAGAAACCCUUUAAAUGUAAGGUAUGUGGGAAGGCUUUUAGUCUUCCCAUGCACCUUAAUCACCAUAAAAACAUUCAUAGAGCUGGGAAACCAUUUGAGUGUAAGGAAUGUGGGAAGGCCUUCAAUCAUAGCUCAAACCUCAUUCAGCAUCAGAGUAUUCAUACCCGUGUAAAACCAUAUGAAUGUAAGGAGUGUGGGAAAGGCUUUAAUCGUGUUUCAACUCUUGUUUGGCAUAAAAAAAUUCAUUGUAGUGCAAAACGUUUUGUAUGUAAGGAAUGUGGGAAGGUCUUUAGAUAUCAUUGCCACCUUAUAGAACAUUGCCGAAUUCAUACUGGUGAGAAACCCUUUGAAUGUAAAGAAUGUGGGAAGGCCUUUAGUCUUCUGACACAGCUUACUCGACAUCAGAACAUUCAUACUGGUGAGAAACAAUUUAAAUGUAAAGAAUGUGGGAAGACCUUCAGUCGUGGCUGGAAUCUUGUUCAGCAUCAGAGUAUUCAUACUGGUGAGAAACCCUGUGAAUGUAAAGAAUGUGGGAAGGCCUUUAGGCUUCACUUGCAAGUUUCUCAGCAUCAGAAAGCUCAUGCUGGUAAAAAACCCUUCGAAUGUAAGGAAUGUGGGACAGCCUUCAAACAUCAGUACCAACUUACUGAACAUCAACGAAUUCAUACAGGUGUGAAGCCAUAUGAAUGUGAGGAAUGUGGGAAAUGCUUUCGUUGUGGUUCAAGUCUUACUCAACAUCUGAGUAUUCAUGCUAGAAAGAAACCCUUUAAAUGUAAGGAAUGUGGGAAGGCCUUUAGAUUUUCUAUACAAUUUCACCGACAUCAAAAACUUAGUACUGGUGAGAAGCCCUUUGAAUGUAAGGAAUGUGGAAAAGCCUUUAGUUUUCUCACCCAGCUUAAUCACCAUAAGAACAUUCAUACAGGUGAGAAACCAUUUGAAUGUAAAGAAUGUGAAAAGUCCUUUAAUAGUGUCUCAAACCUUGCUCAACAUCAGAGUAUUCAUGCUGGUGUGAAACCACAUGAAUGUAACGAAUGUGGGAAAUGCUUUAAUCGUGUUUCAAACCUUACUCAGCAUCAGAAAAUUCAUGCUAGUGAGAGACCUUUUGUAUGUAAGGAGAGUGGGAAGGCCAUUAGAUAUUACCAACUUAGUGAACAUCAUAGAAUGCAUGCUGGUGAGAAACCCUUUGAAUGUAAAGAAUGUGGGAAGGCCUUUAGUCUUCUGACACAGCUUACUCAACAUCAGAACAUUCAUACUGGUGAGAGACAAUUCAAAUGUAAGGAAUGUGGGAAGACCUUCAGUUGUGGCUCAAAUCUUGCUCAGCAUCAGAGUAUUCAUACUGGUGAGAAACCCUGUGAAUGUAAAGAAUGUGGGAAGGCCUUUAGGCUUCACUUGCAGGUUUCUCAGCAUCAGAAAGCUCAUACUGGUAAAAAACCCUUUGAAUGUAAGGAAUGUGGGACAGCCUUCAAAUAUCAGUACCAACUUACUAAACAUCAACGAAUUCAUACAGGUAUGAAAUCUUAUGAAUGUAAGGAGUGUAGUAGAAAGGGCUUUAGUUGUGGUACAGACCUUAGAGUACAUCAGAGAAUUCACACUGGUGAGAAGCCCUUUGAAUGUAAGGAGUGUGGGAAGGCUUUUCGACAUCAUUACCAAUUUCUUGCACAUUACAGAAUUCAUACUCAUGAGAAGCCCUGUGCAUGUAAGGAAUGUGGGAAGACCUUUUGUUGUAGCUCAAACCUCAUUCAACAUGUUAAAAUUCAUACUUGUGAGGAACCCUAUAAAUGUAAGGAUUGUGGAAAGGUCUUUAGCAAGAAUUAUGGACUUACUGUACAUCAGAGAAUUCAUACUGGUGAGAAACCUUACAAAUGUAAGGAAUGUGGGAAAACCUUUAGGUUUGGUUCAGUCUUUACCGUACAUAAGAGAAUUCAUACAGGUGUGAAACCCUAUGAAUGUAAAGACUGUGGAAAGACCUUUAAUUGUAGCUCAAACCUUGCUAAACAUAAGAGAAUUCAUACUGGUGAGAAACCUUAUGAAUGUAAGGAAUGUGGGAAGGCCUUUAGACUUAAGUCAAUCCUUUCUGCACAUCAGAGAGUUCAUAUUGGUGUGAAGCCCUGUGAAUGUAAGGAAUGUAGGAAGGCUUUUUAAAGAACUUGACUCAGUUUUUAUUGCCCAUCAAAGAAUUCAUUCAGUUAUGAAACCCUAUUAAUGUGAAGAAUGUGGGAAAGCCUUUACUGUGAGUGGUCAGCUUACUUGACAUAAAAAAAUUCAUAAUCAUCAGAAGUCCUGCAAAUAUAAGUAAUGUGGGCAAACCUUCAGUGAAUAUGAACAGUUCACUCAACAUCAGUUCAUACUGGUGGAAAUGCCUAUGCAUUUAAAAUAAUGUGGGUGGAACUUUCGUUGUGGUCUCUGCUCAAAAAAAGUAUACUGGUAAGAAACCCUGAAUAUAAGUAAUAUAGAAAGUUUUAUAAUCACAGUAAAACAGUUCAGAGAAGACAUUCUUGUAAGAAAAUAGAUGAAUAAGGAAUAUGGGGUAGCCUUCAUGCUUAUAGGUUAUUAACAAAAACAUAUUUUACUAGAUAUGUUUAAUUCAUAAACUUAGAAAAGCCUUUAAACUAGAGAAAAACUAUUAGUGGAACAAAUGUGAGAGACAUAGUUAACCGUCAUCGUCAUAUCCUUGUCACAGAGGCACAUACUUUAUCAUCAUUAUCCUAUCCCUGCCUGUGUGAAAUUAGAUGCUUAUUCUCUUUUUGCAUAAUUUGUAAAUGGCAACAAUAGUGAGUACUUAGUGCAGUUAAGGGAAUAAAUAUAGUACAUAUAAAAUCCUUGACUGUUUAGCACAUGCCUGUGCUCAUAACUUACAUUGUAGUUUCAUUAGCAUUACUGAUAUUGAUGUGAGAGGAAAAUUGUAUUGCAAAUAAUUAAGGAAAGACAUCCAUUAUUAAGUUUUAAAUAUUCCAGAUAAAAUUGGAAAGUAAAGAACAUGUGACAGUUUUCAUUAAGAACUCAUUUCUUGAGUUCCAACAAAAAGUUAAUGCUGAAAAGAAACCCUGUGGGUUUAGUGUGGAGAUGUUGAAAAUACAUUUGUUGAAGAAUCAAGAGUUUUUGGAGUGAUUUGCCUUUAAAAAUUUCAAUAGACAGAAAAUGUAUAAUCUAUGUUCUCUGUCCAGAAGUUAGGAUAUAAAUUGGAUAUUAACAAAUAACAGGAACUAAAAACUAUCCAUUUAUAUAUUAUCUAACUUUACCAUGAAAAUUGUUAUAAAAGUUGAAGAAUGCCCCCAGAUACCCGAGAUUCAAAGUUGACAAUUCGACAUUUAUUUUUCUGUAUAUUUUUUGUACCAUUAAUAUAUUUUAGACAUGAUACCUUAACCCUUAUUAUAUCACUAUGUAGCUCCCAAACACAAUCUGAUAUAUAAUCAUAAUACAAUUGCCCUUAAGGAAAUUAUCCAUAAUUCCAUAAUAUCUAUCCUAUAUUCACAGUCUUCAUUGACCUCUAAAAUGCUUUUUAUAGUUUAUUUUCUAAGGAGAAUGGAUUCAAGAUUCUGUGUUGUAUUUGGUUUAGUUUUCUUUAGUCUUUUAGUUUGGAACAGUGACUCUCAAAUUUUCCUAGAUAUCAGAAUCACCUUGGAACUUGGUAAAUAUACAGAGGCCCAGGCCCUUUCCUACUUGAGUGAGCCUGGGCCUCUGUUUUCUUUACUGGCUCUCCAUGUGAUUCUGAUACACACCACAAUUAGAGAGUGAUUGGUCUAGAACAUUUCUUCUUGUUUUUAAAAAGAUGUUGACUUUCUGGGAAAAGUUGCCAUGUGUUUAGGUGUUUUGUUUUCUUACUCUGUUAGAUAGCCUUACUCUACCUUUUGUAUUUUCUAUAUAAAGGAAGUCAGACUAGAGACUACAUUAGGUUGAGAUUAAAUGUUUUUUUGGGUGGGGGGAAGUACAGGUCGUUUGUCAUAUUGCAAUAUGUCAGAAAAUACAUUGUUAAUAAAAGUUAUAAUCAUGGGUAUUUAAAUCCUGGAUCAAGAAAAAUAAAAUACACUUCAGAAAUGAACAUUAAAAUGUCAACAUAAUUGAACUUGGGGGAUGUGGCUGAAGGUACACUCUGUAUGAAAUUAGUAUCCUUUGGUGUAUACAGGAAACCAAAAUUGUUUUGACUGAACCUUGUUUUGUUGUUCACUCUAUCCCGAGCACCUGUACUGUGCCUGCCACAUUAGAAAUUGAUAAACUUGAAAAAAAUAAAAAGCAUUCAAAUCAAGUUAUAAAACAGUAAACCAUAAGCCAAUAUAAAGAAGCAACAGUAAAAAA